AUGAAGGACAGUGGAACCAUGAAGGAAACUGGAACCAUGAAGGACAGUGGAACCAUGGAGGACAGUGGAACCAUGAAGGACAGUGGAACCAUGGAGGACAGUGGAACCAUGAAGGACAGUGGAACCAUGAAGGACACUCGAACCAUGAAGGACGGUGGAACCAUGGAGGACAGUGGAACCAUGGAGGACAGUGGAACCAUGAAGUCAAGACAGUGGAACCAUGGAGGACAGUGGAACCAUGGAGGACAGUGGAACCAUGAAGGACAGUGGAACCAUGAAGGACACUGGAACCAUGAAGGACAGUGGAACCAUGGAGGACAGUGGAACCAUGAAUGCUUCUCAUGUAUUUGUUUAUCCCAGGUUGUUUUUCUCGGUGACCACAAACAAUUACGACCUAUAACCAACAAUAAGCUUGUAGGAAAUUUGGGCAUGUCGACGUCUCUGUUUGAACGUUACUGUACCAUGCAGAGCGAGUUAGUAAUCAUGCUCGUCACUCAGUACAGAAUGCAUGAAGAAAUAUGCCAGUUCCCAUCCGAAGCAUAUUAUGAAAAUCGUCUCAUCACUGCAGUGAUGCCGCCAAAGAGUGUUCUGCUCAUCGACAAGAAGCCAAAGACAAUUGUUUUUGGACACAUCAACGGAACGGAAAUCAAUCUGGUUGUGAGCACAAAAAAAGGGAAUCAGAACUCCAAAGCAAAUGUUGCAGAGCAAGAGAAAGUGGUGGAAAUUGCUGAAAGUCUGGUGAAGAAAGCCAAGGUGGAGCAGGAAAGUAUUGUGAUUCUGUCACCUUACAAUUCCCAAGUGUGGGGAAUAAAAAAUCUUCUGCAAAAGAAGAAACUGAGCAGAAUCCUGGUUUCCACCAUCUCCAAAAGCCAAGGAAGUGAAUGGCGUUAUGUCAUCUUAUCCACCGUGCGGUCUCUCCCAACUGAGGAGAUUCAAAAGGAUGCGGGCCGAGAGUGGCGAUCAAAACAUGUGGGCUUUGUGGGCGAUCCAAACCAGAUAAAUGUUGGCAUCACCAGGGCCAAAGAGGGGUUGUGCAUCAUUGGAAACCAAGAGCUGCUGGAAUGCAGUCCAGCAUGGAUGAAGCUCCUCAAAUACUACAAUGCAAAGAAUUCUGUCACCACAGCAGAACGUAUUUCUGUUGCAGCGAAAUAGCUGCUUGCCUGUUCUAUGCCCAGUCUUACUUCAAGCAUCCUCAAAAGGAUACCCCAAGAUUCUGUGAAUCAGAGUUUGCCUUUCUUACCCAGAUUCAGACGAGUUGUUUCAUUUAAAAUUCAUCAAUCCCUUACAGCAGACUCAUUGUGCUUGCUGUGAGGGGAAAACAUGCUGAAUAUCCUUCCAAAGCAUACCAAUGUGUUCCAAAUAGUCGCUUGUUAAAAAUGAGUGCCGGUAACUACAACAAGAUUGUAGUUUGUCCUCAAAUAUAAAUAAUUCAGCCCUAUUUUUGGCACUGUUAUUAUGAGGCUGGCACUCCAUGUAGUUUCCUGAAUCAGAAUUUAGAUUUACAUCAAAUGUCUGAUGACAGGCCAGACUACACCCUUGCUUCAGAAGAGUUACCGGGACCUGUCUGCAUAAGCGACAAUGCCAAGGCGGUGAGCACCAACUGGAGACUCUGCUACAGCCCUGUCACCGGAGUGCAGCCACAGCUAAUAGUGUUGGAGGUCUGAUUUAAAAUAUGCCAUCCUAGUGCACACACAAACUAAACCUUUACUGCGUCCGGCAGGAAGACAAGCUAAGACGCCCCAUCCGGACACCAACGUCCAUAGACAAAGGAUAUAAAUCAAACCAGUGCAGUAGGCUGGCCAGGGUGGAAAUACAUUUGUUAAAAUGUUCUUCUGAAACCUCAAUCUUGUCACUCACAAAUGCAUUUCUCUCAGAAUCUGGACAAAUACUGCUGUAAUAAAACAGGAAACCAUCUCCCCCUAGAAGUUUGGCUAUAGCAUCGUCGAACGUCUGGAGCCAGCAGCUGAUAAUAUAAUUGGAUCGCAGGUAGCCAAUAUCAGUGACGAAAAAUAGCGCUGAACUAAAAGUGUGUUUGUGGACAAACUACAAUCUGGUUGUGAUGUUAAUGGCUCAUUUUUAUUCAGAACACUUUGGAAAUCUUUGGAUAUAUAAUUAUAACACUGCAAGUCAAUGGAUUGAGAAAAUUAUAAUUUAGCAAACUCCCCUUCUGGAAGUCAAAGGAUGAAUAUUUAAUAAAAAAAACUUGUCUGAAUCAGGGUAAGAUGCCAAUGACAAUUAUCAGAUAUCUCGACGUAUCCCUUUAAUUUUUAUGAAAUGACCUGCUAGGUUUUCCUUAUUAAAGCAACUCGUAUAUAGUUAAAGCGAAGAAUUUUUGGGUUUCUUCACUGAAAUAACAAGACAACAAUGCAUUUGAAUAUACAUAGUAGUGUUUAACGAACCACUUAAUGGUGGAUGAUUUCGAGUUUUAUAUGCUGAUUAUUGGAAAUGUUUUUAUUACUACAAUUUUAAGAUACAUUAUUUUUUAUGUUUCUAUGUUAUUAUGUUUAUUUCUGUAUACAAAAAUAUUUUUUUCCAAAAUUAGCUUGACUUUACGUGUUUGAGCUGUGAAUUCAUGUUUUCAAUGGGACCACUUAUUACAUUAAAAAAUAUUGCAAUAUUUGGAUUUUCUUUCUAUGCAGACAAUUAAUUUGUAACUUUUUUUUUUAUCAAUUUUUUUAAAUUUAACCUAUACUUUAGUAAGACAAAUUAAGUCUUAAUUAUCAAUGAUCAUGGCACAUGUUGCAUACUAUUGUGUAUUUCCAGAGGACCAUAAUUAAUACUGUAUGCAUUUUUUCAUCCAUAUUAAUUACUUUGAUAAUUUUUGUUUAUAUAUCUCUGCUUAUGGUUGUGAAGACUUUUUAGGAAUCAUGCCUCAGUAAAUUGACCUUAUUUUUACGUUUCUAUGUUAUUAUGUUUAUUUCUGUAUACAAAAAUAUUUUAUUCCAAAGUUAGCUUGACUGGACGUGUUUGAGCUGUGAAUUCAUGUUUUCAAUGGGACCACUUAUUACAUUAAAAAAUAUUGCAAUAUUUGUAUUUUCUUUUUUUCUCAUUUGUAACUUUUUUUUUUAAUAUAUUUUUUUACAUUUAACCUAUACUUUAGUAAGACAAAUUAAAUCUUAAUUAUCAAUGAUCAUGGCACAUGUUGCAUACUAUUGUGAAUUUUUCCAGAGGAGCAUAUUUAAUACUGUACGCAUUUUUCAUCCAUAUUAAUUACUUUGAUUAUUUUUGUUUAUAUAUCUCUGCUUAUGGUUGUGAAGACUUUUUAGGAAUCAUGCCUCAAUAAAAUGAAUUGUCAUCAUAGCGAUUGUUCAUUUAACUGGAUAUUAAUGGACUAUUUUUAACAGGUUCACUUUUAGUACGACAUUUGCAGGACAUUUGUUGCCCUUGACCAAUAUCUGCUUGCAACAAUAUAAAUAAUUAAUCAAAUGGCUGUUUUUCACCAGGCAUUAGGUUUAUCAUUGCAUGCCUUUGUACAGUCCUUAAUCCUUCUGUCUUUUCUCUCUGUGGGCCCUAUUUUAACGGUCUGAAACGAUAGUUACGUAUUGUAACUCUAGUUUCUAUGAGUAAAGGAGCAGCCUUUUAAGGCUAUCGCUAUUGGGUUAUCCCUAGGCGUGAGCCGUAGCACUGAAAAAUUUGUAAUCCCUGCCCACCAACAGCGUGGGCCUCAAUCACGUCCGUGGGCCUCAUUUACGUCUGCAGUUCGCAGAUAUACGCGGGCGCCGGCGGACGUUCGGCUCCCAAUAAACAGCUUUUCUUCCGCUAUUUAAAGGACAAUGAGGCCGACACUUAAAAGGCUGCGCCUAUAAUCAUAGUCUAGAGUUACAAUACGUAACUAUCGUUCUAUGUCGUAUAGGCUUCGCCUUUUAAGGCUAUCGCUAUUGGGUUAAAGGGGGAAGCACGAUAUAGUCUAUACCUCAUUGGUCCCGAUCAGUACCAGAAACACAGCUACAUACGCGCUAGUAUCAUGCGUUAAACGUAGCAUAACAUACUUCAUGCGUCUAACGGCACGUCAUCAACGAGCAGCUCUAAUUUGUCUGAUAAGUCACAAGAGCUCUCAGCAUGAAGAUUUGACUCCACCUCACAUUGUUUAGGGGAAUAGUCACACAAUCACACUCACUCUGACAAAGCACCAAGAACUGAGUGUGUCAUAGAGAGGCGCGACAUGUCUCUUAGGUAAAACCUAAUAAAAGAGCAUGGGGAAGCCCAGGAGGCUGCUGUGCAGGUAUCCUCCAAAG